AUGUGCAUCCACCAAGUUUGUACCAACCAUGAUAUUCCAAAGGUACUACGGAUCAGUCCCUGCAUGACGAGGAUAAUUAACGCUGUCGGCCCGCCGCCAUGGUUGACGACAACACUGGAAUCGGUUGCUGCGAGAAAUGCCUGGACAUACGAUUCUACCGGGAUGACAAGGGGGAUUCACGAUGCCAUAGUUUCUCGCUCGGCAUACUACCCACCAGAGGCAAUGACGGAGCCCAUAAACGGAACCUGGGCGUUGGAAGCUCGGCGCCGUCAUUUCACGAUCACGAAUGGUCUUUAUCGGAUCAACGAUACGGCCUCUCUUGCAAACGGCACCAACAAUCAUGACCGUACUAAUACGGAUGAUUCGCAUCUUGUCAAUGGCACGCUCACACCUGACCGUCAGGGUUCAAACACUCCACAAAAUACUCCAGACCAGCGUAAUGGUGACCAUAACCGUAACCACCUAACAAGAUCCCUCCCCUCAGAUACAAACAUCCCACCUGGCAAUGAUAACAACAUCGAGAACCGAAACCGUAUGAAUGGUAUACAUCAGAUGGAUGGCAGCAACCAACCCGAGAAUCACCGCAACUCCGGCAAUCGCAAUACCCCUAAUGGCAUAGACCCGAAUCGCCGCGAGCAUCAACCCGAGAACGAUUACUACCCAACCAAUCAAACAGAGGAGAUCCCUACCGAUACUCACCCAUUCGUUCCUGUCGGUGGUCUCAGAUUGCCGCGUCAUGGGUUGAGGGGGCGAGACUUCGUUAUGCAGGCUCAUGAACCAACGAACGUAGAGGCCAGGUGCAGGCAGACAAUGAUGACACAGCCCUGGUGUUUCGGGGAAUGGUUUGAAAGACAAGGGCCAAUUCUCUUCACCCAGAUGCCAGCCAUAACAUGUAAUUUUGUUCUAUGCUGUGAUGGCCUCUACAGAUCACAUCAGGGUGAGGUUUUGCGGACGAGACGAGGAGACCUAGACGAAGAUCGGGACGUACAUGUGAACGGAAUAGCACACGAUUGA